CGCUCGCGCUUGCAUUGCUUUUCGAAGCUCGCGCGCGAUCGGUCGCUCGUGCGUGCGAUCGGACGUGCGUGCGUGCGUACGUGUGCGUGAAAAAGAGGAAGAGAAAACGAAGGAGAAUCCCUUCCCGCGCGAUCUCUCCCGCGCAUUCCUUUUCUCUCUCUUUGACCAAUGUCAUCUCGUAAUCUGGGCGACUUGUUAUCGUGCACGCGAGAAACCGACUCCUCGAGAUCGAAUCUCCGCGGAAAAACGCGAGUGCGUCUCGUUUCCUAGUAUCGAUCGACCCCGCGGCCCAUUUGACUCGGAAUUAUUACACCCGUUGAGCUGCGAGAGAGAUCUCGGAAGAGACUGUGGGGAAAGGCGGAAGAGACAAAACGGAAAGUCUGUACGGGCGAAAGGAUCAAGAAGAGGUCAAUCGGGGAGAAAGAUGUGGCGAUUACUUUUAUGGACGCACUUCCUCCUGCUGACCGUGCUAAUAGCACCGGUGCAGAGAGUUGCAGCAUGCAGCUGUAUGCAGGCCCAUCCCCAAACUAAAUUUUGUGAAUCGGAUUUCGUCGCCGUAAUAAAGGUGAAGAAAGUGCUCCCCGUGAACGAAUACGAGAUCGCUUAUAAGGUCAAGAUAAACAGGGUCUUCAAGUCUAAUUCAAAGGCCGACAUAGCUCUGAUGCAAAAUCUUUUACGGACUCCGUCCUCGUCCUCGAUGUGCGGCGUUACGUUGCAAGUCGGCGAAACGUAUGUUCUUAACGGAAGAAUCGUCUCGGGACAAGCACUCAUUUCGUCCUGCGGGCUCUCGAUAAGGUGGGCCGAUACCACCAGUAGACAACGCAAGGGAUUACGACAGCUCUAUCAGCCGGGAUGCGUAUGCGACAUUCUGUAUACACACUGGAGGCGCAAGGGAGCCGUGCUAGAGUCCAGUGGCGGAAAACGUUGCCUGUGGGAAAGCACACCAGGCCCCCAGGAUUGCCAAGAAAAACACGGCGUGUGCAUAGCAGCAUCCGGUAGCUGCUCCUGGAUGCCCUCGGUCCCGUACAAAAAUUGCAUCAAGGAAUAUCAGCAUCAACGCGACCAACAGAGGUCACGGGAACCUUAAUCGAGAUAGUUCGCGUGUUUUCAGGAAGGAGUUAAAUCUAUCAAUUUAUCGUAAAAGGGAGGAGUUAAAUCUAUCAAUUUAUCGGCGCAACGCGUGGCUGUUAAUUAAUUUAAUUGAACACGCCG